AUGAAAUCUAAAUCUCCCAGACUAUCUUCUUGUAACAAGGAAAAUGAAGCUAAAAGAAAAUCUCCAAAACAUCGUUUUGAAAGUAUUUUUGGAAAUUUUCGUGGGAAAAGAAAUUCAUUUAGUAAGUCGAACUGUGAAUCCUCUAAUGUGGUUACGUCUACAACUUCAAUGACAUCUGUUGAUAAGCAUUCUCUACAAAAAGAUGUUGCUGUUGUCCGUUCAUCAACUAACCUUCGAAACAUAAAAGAAUCAAGGACUCCAGUUCGUAAAAAUAGACCUCUAAGUACUUAUCUUCUCUCUAGUCCUAAUUCUGAAAAAGUCUCUUUAGAUAAAAGAGCAGAAAGUUCACAAAACCUUUAUUCUAAUUUAUUUGAAAAUUCCAAAGAGGGUGACUUCUCAAAGGUAGUUGAUAGUGUUCUUACAAUGAUUAACGAAAGUGAAAAAAGUAGUUUUUCUAAAAGUACUUCUUCAAAGCAUGAUCAAAGUAAAAUUGAGGACAUUCCAGUUUUAAAGCCUGAUGGAUUUGUUGGAAUUGAUACUUUACCUUAUCAAUUAACUAAACGUGCCGAUAAUCUUCGUUUUCAAUUUAAUAUUUUGUGUGUUGGAGAGACUGGUAUUGGUAAGACAACUCUUAUUGAAUCACUUUUUAAUAGAAAAUUUUCUGAUCUUGAUCCUUGUAAUGGUGAAUUACGUCAACUUGAACUUUGUGUUAGCCAAUGUGAAAUAACUGAAGGAACAGUAACUUGUAAAUUAAGAAUUAUUGAGACUGCUGGUUAUGGUGAUCAUAUGUUUGAUAAGGAUCAUGGAACAAAAUUAAUUACUAGUUAUAUUGAUGAUCAAUUUGAAAAAUAUUUGAAAGAAGAAUUAAAAGUUAAAAGAUGUAUGACAUAUUAUGAUGAUACAAGAAUUCAUGCCUGUCUUUUUUUUAUCUCUCCAACAGGGCAUGGAUUACGUUCUCUUGAUAUUGAAACUAUGAAAGCUCUUUCUAGUAGAGUUAAUAUUAUUCCUGUAAUUGGUAAAGCUGAUACUACCUGUAGAAAUGAAUUGAUGACACUUAAAGAGAAAAUCAUUGAAGAACUUAAUGCAAAUUCUAUAUCUAUUUAUAAAUUUCCAACAGAUGAUGAUACAGUAAAAUUGGCAAAUAAAAAUUUUAACAAUAUUGUUCCAUUUGCCGUAAUUGGAAGUACUGAUUUUGUUACACGUGAAAAUGGAAAACAAGUACGUGCUAGAAAAUAUCCUUGGGGAGUAGUUGAAGUUGAAAAUGAAGAACAUUGUGAUUUUGUAAAAAUGCGUGAGGCUCUUCUUCGUCUUAAUAUUGAUGCUCUUAGAGAAUCAACUCAUCAAGAGAUGUAUGAAAACUACCGUAAAAGAAAACUUUUACAAAUGAAUAUGAAAGAUGGUGAUAUGGGACCAAAAAUGAUGGAAAUGUUAAUGGAACGACAAAACAGUAAACAGGAAGAAAUGAGAAAACGUCAGGAGAAGCAUCAAAAUGAUUUUACUGAAAAGGUAACUAAAAAAGAAUCAGAACUUAAAGAUCGUGAAGAUUAUUUAAAUAUGCGACAACGAGAAUUUGAGGAAACAAUUUAUUCAGAAAUCAAACAUGUAGAUGAACAAAUUGCUCUACUUGAAGAAGAGAAGCGUAAACUUCAAAAAGGUGUUGAAAGAUCUUCAAGUAAACUAGUAAAGAUAUAA